GGCUCGCCCAGGCGCUCCGGAGAGAGGCCAUUAUCUGGCAAGCGGGCGGGACCGGCGGCGCCUGGCUGAGCCAGGCUGCUCCGCUGUGCGCACAUUCCGGGCGCUGCUUCUCCGGCUCCCCGGCCCUUGCGCAGGCACCUGGCAGCAGGGGCGGCGGGGUCGCCAGGGCUGAGCGCAGGACGCGCCCACCGACUCGGAGGGAGCAGGAGAUGGACGCUCCGCGGAGCCCCCCGCAGCUGGACCGGGACCUGCUGGAGUCCCCCGAGGGCUGCCCGUCCCCGCUGGAGCUCAAGUCCGCCCCCAGCAAGAAGAUGUGGGUCAAGCUGCGGGCGCUGCUGAGGUACAUGGUGAAGCAGCUGGAGAAUGGCGAGGUGAACAUCGUGGAACUAAAGAAGAACCUGGAGUACACAGCUUCACUGCUAGAGGCCGUCUACAUUGAUGAGACCAGGCAAAUCCUGGACACAGAGGAUGAGCUGCAGGAGAUCAAGUCGGAUGCGGUGCCGUCGGAGGUGCGGGACUGGCUGGCCUCCACCUUCACCCAGCAGACCCGCGCUAAGGGCCGACGCUCCGAGGAGAAGCCCAAGUUCCGCAGCAUCGUCCACGCCGUUCAGGCCGGCAUCUUCGUCGAGAGGAUGUUCCGCCGGACGUACACAGCUGUGGGGCCUAACUACUCCACCUCUGUCAUCAACUGCCUGAAGACCCUGGACCUGUGGUGCUUCGAUGUGUUUGCGCUGAACAGAGUGACGGAGGACCAUGCCCUGCGCACCAUUGUCUUUGAGCUGCUCACCAGACACAACCUCAACAGCCGCUUCAAGAUUCCCACUGUGUUUUUAAUGACCUUACUGGACGCACUGGAGGCUGGCUAUGGGAAAUACAAGAACCCCUACCACAAUCAGAUCCAUGCAGCGGACGUGACCCAGACUGUGCACUGCUUCCUGCUGCGCACUGGCAUGGUGCACUGUCUGACGGAGAUUGAGGUCCUGGCCAUCAUCUUCGCAGCUGCCAUCCACGACUAUGAGCACACGGGCACCACUAAUAGCUUCCACAUUCAGACCAAGUCUGACUGUGCCAUCCUGUACAACGACCGCUCGGUGCUGGAGAACCACCACAUCAGCGCUGUCUUCCGCAUGAUGCAGGAGGAUGAGAUGAACAUCUUUGUCAAUCUGGCCAAGGAUGAGUUUGGGGAGCUGCGGUCCCUGGUGAUUGAGAUGGUCCUGGCCACAGACAUGUCCUGUCACUUCCAGCAGGUCAAGUCCAUGAAAACCUCCCUCCAGCAGCUGGAGAGGAUCGAUAAAUCGAAAGCGCUGUCGCUGCUGCUGCAUGCAGCCGACAUCAGCCACCCCACCAAGCAAUGGAGCGUCCACAGCCGCUGGACCAAGGCUCUGAUGGAGGAGUUCUUCAGACAGGGGGACAAGGAGGCUGAGCUGGGCCUGCCCUUCUCUCCGCUCUGUGAUCGCAAGUCCACGCUGGUGGCCCAGUCCCAGAUCGGUUUCAUUGAUUUCAUCGUGGAGCCCACUUUCUCGGUGCUGACGGACGUGGCGGAGAAGAUCGUCCUCCCGCUGGUGGAGGAAGACUCCAAGUCUAAGUCCUCCUCCAGCCAGCAGAGCAGUUCUCAAUGGAAGCAGCCGUCCCUGGACGAGCAUUCAGAGCUGGGCGACAUCAACGCUGACAUCACCAGCUUCCGCUCCACAUGGACCAAGUACAUCCAGGAGAACAAGCAGAAGUGGAAGGAGCGAGCAGCCAGCGGGAUCACUAACCAGACAUCCAUUGAUGAGCUGUCACCGUGCGAGGAGGAGCCACAUGUGCCCGAAAACCAGCACAAUCAGAACGGUGAUGUGGAAUAGCACAGUCUGCGAGGGAGAGAGCAGGUCCCUUUUCCAACUGAAUGAUGCAGUUUAGUCCAAAGUAUUCGAUGCCAUCGAAAUCAGCACCAUCGCAGGAGGAGCCGCCCCAGGCCAGAGGGCGAGAGGGAGCAACCAUUGUCAAGAUAUAAAAAUUAAUGUAAACCUUAGAGUCAAGGGAAAUCCUGAUGUCACCGAGCACAUGGCCUGAACCCAUCAAAGCCCUCCCUCGCCGCCACCACCCUGAGCCCUGGCCUGGCCAGGCCAGUCACCAGCCCCGCCAAGCCAGGUACUACAGGCCCCUGUUCCAUCUGCCUUCCUGCCCCACCCCUCUAGCUGGGGCUAUCGGAGACGUCUCACUGCCCAGCCAGCAAACGCCCAGAGCUGCUGGGCCAGGGCUUUGCCUGUGUCUUUUUAAAGGACUUGUUCUCUGGAAUCCCAAUGUGUCAGACACCCAGGGAUGAUUGAGGAGCGGAGGCUUCAGGGUGAUCCACAGGGCUGUGGGAGGAGUUUGGGGGAGAAUGGGGAGCCAACUUGGUCACUUGGGGAAUUGUGGACUCCAGCAGUGCCUCCAAGGCGUGUCACAGCUGCUUACCUGCCCACUGGAGCCAGGAUGGAUGACCGCUACAAAAUACCUGUCUGGGGUGAUGUCAGAGCCCCAGGGCCUACCCUUAGAACAGAGCAUGGGCUGGGUCGCCCCUCGUACCCCCAGACAGACACAUCCACUCCUCGCAGGCCAGAAUCUCCUCCCCGUCUGCAGUGGGGUCCCUGCAGUGGCAAACCCUCCUGACUUGCAGCCCCAAUAUGAUCUACCCAGAGCCCAACCCCCUUUCCCAGGACUCCCCUCCAAUUUGAUUGGGUCAGGGCCCACUCUCUUUCCCACGGGGAACCCAGGAGCUCCCUGCAGAUGUCACGGAGCUGGCGGUUACAGAGUGUGUUUGUUCAGUGUCACCUUGCACAUGGGUCCUUGCAGCGUGACGGGAGGUUCCACUGGUCACAGGGUGGGGAGUGUACACUCUUUUGCCUGGAUAAACACUUGCUAAACAGUAAAGGAGCCAGGUACAUGCUCCACAAUAAGGCCAGGUGAAGCCACGUCUCUCAGACGUGCAGAAUAAUAAAUGGAACUGAGACAAGGGCUUCCCAAGGCCUCGCCACCCCCUCUCUCCCCCCGCCCCCGCCCGCCCGCUCCAUCCUGUGUCUCUCCCUAGGCCGCGGAGCCAGACAUGUCACUGCUCCCAAGUGCCCCUGAGCGACAUGCGUGGAAGGACGGGCAGGGGCCGGGGCAGGUUCACCCUCCGCCCUGUGGGGUGGAAUGACCAUAACAGAGCAGAGUGUUACUCUGAUCCGUGUCCCGUGGCUGGAGGGGGGCUCCAAAGCAGGCCCCUUUGCACACCUGGCUGUUAACAGGACUUGGCUCCCAAGCGCAGGAUGGCCUGGAGCAAACUCCACAGCCCCACUCCCACCUUGCAGGACAGGGACGGGUUUUUUUUGGAAGGGGGCACGUUUGAACCCUGCACUCUGGGCCUGGUCUAGUCACACAUGCAAUGACUGUGGCAGUCUCAGCUUACAACUGUUAACUCUGCUGAGCUGCCGUGGGCUGUGGUGCAGCAGGAUUCAGCAAGUGCCAUGGGAGCCAGCAGGCUCUAGGCAUUGGCAGAGCUGGGGGCAGGAGGCAGGACUGGAAUAGCAGGAGCUGGGGGGCUGGGCACCCUAGAGGGGCUGGAAAGGGAAUGAAGAAUAGGUUGUGAUAGACUAGCAUUGGCAGAGCUGUGUGUGGGAGCCCAGGGCUCAGAUAGCAGGGAGUGCAGGUUGGGAUUGAGGGGCACCGGUAGAGCAGUGACUGGGGAGCCCAGGGCUGAGAUACCAGGGGGCUGCAGGUUGGGAUUGAGGGGGACUGGUAGAGAGUGUCUGCGGUCAGAACUGAGGGGUAUCAAUGGAGCGCUGGUGGGGACGUAUCCAUGAAGCCUGUUUCUAUCCAGCCCGCUCUGUAUCUAACAGUAAAUAUUAAGUUCCUCCUGAUUCCCAGGGCCACAGGGACUCUGCGGUGGGUUUGUUUGGGAGCUGUCCAAUGCUGAACUUCCCAAGGGUUCAUGGGUCAGGAAAAGCCAGAGGCUUUGUCUAGAUGAGGAAAGACCAGAGCUCUGGGUGAGCCUGCUCCAAUCAGCUACCUCGGCCUGACCUCAGGUGACCUCUAUCAGAGCUAUGCAAUCCCAGGUCUGUGCUUAGCCAAUGGAUGUGAGCUAGGACACCUGGGUUCUUUUCCUGGCUCCAGGGCGAGCUAGGGAGGAGAUAAAUACAUAUUUAGUGUAUGUGUAGUAGUACAGGCAGGGAGCUGGGAAUCAGGACUCCUGGGUUCUAUCUGCAGCUCUGGGAGGGAAGUGGGCUCCAGUGGAUUAGAGCAGGUGCAGGGGGGGGAGGGGAAAUCAGGACUCUUGGGUUCUAUUUCCAGCUCCGCUACUUGUAGGGUGACCAGGGCCAAGUUACCCCCUGCCUCAAUUUCCCCUGCUGUCUAAGGUGUUAAUGACACUUCCCUAGGGGGUUGCCAGGCUAAAUUCACUGCUGGUGGUCAAGUGUUUUGAGAUGCGUGGAUGGGGUGUGUGAGUGGGGCGCUGGGCUCCACACCUGGUGCUUCCCGGGCUUCAGAUCCAAGAAACCCUUCCACUAAAAUGACAGCCUGUCCUGCAGUGCAUGCUGGGGGCCGACAGGUGCACUCGCUAUAGGGGCUGGCUGCCCUGUGCUGGGGCUGGUGGGGGUGGUGCUGGAAGCUGCAUGCUUAGGGGCCAGAGUCCAUGCGGGGGGGCUGGGGCUGUAUUCACUAUAGAGGCUGGGAGCCACAUGCUUUGAAGAGCAGAGAGCCAAGGACUUGGGGGGGUGAGGCUGAAGUACACUUGCUAUAAGGGCCAGGCACCCUGGGGGGUGGCUGGGAGGUACACUUGCUAUAGGGGCCAGGAGCCGCGCUCUCGGGGAGGGGUUGGGAACCAGGUGCUCUGGAGGGUCCCUGAGGUGUACGUGCUACAGGAGCUGGGCACUUGGGAGGGAGGGGGAGGUGCACCGCUGUAGGGGCUGGGAGCUUCUGCUUGGGGGUGUGUGCACUUGCUAUACAGGCUGGGCGCGGUGACGGGACAGGGAGGUGCACCAGCUAUAGGGCCUGGGAGCUGCAUGCUCUGAGGAGUGCACUGGCUAUAAGGGCUGGGCGCUCUGUGUGUGCGUGCGGGGGGGAUGGACAGGUAUACCUGCUAUAAGGGCUGGGCACUUGGUCCCUGGAGCAGAUUUUCCUUUGGCUCAGCUGAGGUGGAUGGUCUGACGUCCCCUGGAUUAUUCACCUGUUGAGCUAGGGGCCCUGGUUGUCGGGGCUUCAGUCCUGGCCACCCCACAUCCCAGGUGCCCAGGUGUCCUGGGCACCCUGGGCCUCAGCCCAGUCCUGGAGCCCUCCCUCUACAUUGGGCUGGCCUGUCUUGCUCGGGGCUGUCUGGCCUGGUGGGAGACACUGAUGUCCCUGGUCCCUGCGGGGAGCUGGCUGCUGCAUGCUGACCCGGACACGCAUGGAUUCAGGAGAGGGCAGCUCACAACAUGUCUCCAAAGUUCAGAGAGCUGGGUAUGGGGCGCUCCCACCCCCCCGGCCCCUGCGCUAGACUCAGUGGCACCUGCAGAAUCCCACUCACCCCAGAGGGAGCCUCGGCCCUGCCCUUAGAAAGGAAGCUGUGGCUGAUGAACCACUUUUGCUCCUGGUGCUUCAAGCCAUAGGACCACUGGGGUCUAGCCCAGCUCUAGGAGGGGCGUGGUACCUGGAGCAGGGGUUAGAGCAGUGGGACUGGGGGUCAGGACUCCUGGGUGCGACCCCCAGGUCUGGGAGAGGCGUGGUACCUGGAGCAGGGGGUUAGAGAGGUGGGACUGGGAGUCAGGACAUCUAGUGGUUGGAAUGGGAGAAUGGGACUCAGGACAUUGGUUCUAGUUCAGGCUCUGGGAGUGAAUGUGUCUGGUGAUUAAAACGGGGGGCUGCGUGGGUCCAUCUUUGCUGCUGACGUACUGUGUGGCUUUGGGAGAGUCACCCCAUGGCCCGUGCUGAGUCCCCUCCUCUCUAAAAUUGGACUAGUGAUGUUGCCCCACUUUGCAGAGUGAGGGCUUGUUUGGGGGCUGAGUCUGAUCUGCAGGGAGGUGGGAGGGCAAAGGUGCCGGAGAGGAAGAGCAAAGGGAGACAAAGCCCCCACCCCACUCAGAGCCAAUGGCCUGUUCCUAGAGCACCCAAGCAUCAACCCCGGGCCACAUCCUGCUCUUGCCCACACCAUGGAAAAUCACCCAAGUAAAACCUUCCUGAGGGCCUGUCCCAGAGAGCACUAGCACUGUGUCUGAGGCCAAUGGGAGGCAGCAGGGCUCGGCACCUCUCAGGAUCAGGCGCUAGGUGAGACAGAAGCAGGCCCAGAAUCAGCAGCUCCCCAUCAUGAGCGUACCUGGGACUGACCUCAUCAAACUGGCUCCCUAGGGGGGACUCUUUCAGCUGUGAGGACCUUUAACCUGGUCGCUGCUUAGAGGUCAUACAAGAUUGCAGAGUGCCCCAAUGGCCACAAGUUGCUAACCUCUCCUGCCCUGCACUGUAAAUACACCCGAGCUCACCUCCGCCGUGGGUAUUCUCUGUACGUGUUUGUACUUCGGGCAUCAUUUUCUACCAUGCCGUUACUCUUUGUUUCUCGAAACUGGUUAUUAUUUGAACAGCUCCACAUUCCGAUGCUGAACCCAAACUGUGCGCAUGUAAAAAUGAAACUAAGGAACUAAUCAAAAGAACUAUGUGAAGGACAAAUAAAAAACAAAAGAGAAUUAAAA